UUCAGAGCAACCAAUAAGGUUUUCCGUCCCUUACAGAGGACGAGUCCGAAGCCACCCUGAGGCCAGAGUGAGCCUAACGCUUUAAGAGCUCUUUUAUAGCGACCCUCUCGAGGGUUCUCGGAGGCACGGACUACACAUCCCAGUAGGCUGUGCGCAACAUAACAGCUCCCCCCCCUUAUCAUCUUUCCCUCCCCCUCUUCAGCCUCUCCACGCACACAUACACAUCCCCGCCCUCCCUAGGGUGGGGAGCGGUGCACUGUGGGAUUGAGGACCUCAAGAUGGACAGUCGGGAUGUUGCAGGAAAAGCCAACAGGUGGUUUGGAAUUGCGCCACCAAAAUCUGGAAAGAUGAACAUGAAUAUUCUCCAUCAAGAGGAACUUAUUGCUCAGAAGAAGCGGGAAAUUGAGGCCAAAAUGGAGCAACAAGCCAAGCAGAGUCAUGUGACCACUCCCCAGCCCCCACCACCAAGGGAAAUUGCAAGUGCACCAAAUGCUGCUUCUGUCUCUAACAAGUUUGCCAAUGAUGGCAGCUUCCUGCAGCAGUUUCUGAAGCUGCAGAAGGAAAGAUCCUGUACAGAUGCUUCUCCAAGUUCUGCCUGUGCUUCCUCCAAUGUCUCUACCUCAAGCACUGGGAAAAAACCAAUCUUGAUUGGAAAGAGACCCAGCCUGGGAGUAAGCAACCCUCUCAAUCAAGUAAAAAACUACUCUCAUGCCAAGCAGAGCCCUGUGGCUAAUCGCCUGAGUGUCUUCCAGUCUCCAGAUGAUGAUGAUGAGGAAGAUUAUGAGCAGUGGUUGGAAAUUAAAAUUUUACCCCCAGAGGAUGCGGAGACCCGGAAAGUGGUAGAGAAAUUGGCCAGGUUUGUGGCAGAAGGAGGCCCUGAAUUAGAAAAGGUUGCUAUGGAGGACUACAAGGAUAACCCUGCAUUUUCAUUUUUGCAUGAUAAGAACAGCAGAGAAUUCCUGUACUACAGAAAGAAAGUGGCAGAGAUGAAAAAGGAAAACCAGAAUGCCCAGACACCAUCUUCUCAGAAAGUUUCACCCCCAGAGGAUGAAGAGACCAAGACUUUUGCUGAGAAGCUGGCCAGGUUUAUAGCUGAUGGGGGUCCAGAAGUGGAAACAAUUGCCUUGCAGAACAACAGGGAAAACCAUGCAUUCAGGUUUUUAUAUGAGCCAAAUAGCAAAGGAUAUAAAUACUACCGACAGAAACUGGAGGAGUUCCGGAAAGCCAAAGCGAGCUCCGUAGGUACAAGCCCCACAUCUGAUCCUGGUCUGAAACGAAAGACACCUCCAGAAGCUUCUUCUUCCUCUUCAUCUAUGUCCCCUUCGUCAUCCUCCACCACCACCACCAUUUCUACUACUCUAGCUCCUGGCAAGGCAGUGGCUGCAACUACAACCAAGAAGAAAAGGAAGAGUAGAUGGGGACCAGAAGAGGAGAAGGUUGAACUGCCUCCACCUGAGAUGGUCCAGCAGGAUGUGGAUGCUUCCCCUUCCCCCCUAUCAGUUCAGGACCUUAAAGGGCUUGGUUAUGAGAAAGGAAAACCUGUUGGUCUUGUUGGGGUGACAGAACUCUCUGAUGCCCAGAAAAAACAGUUGAAAGAACAGCAGGAGAUGCAGCAGAUGUAUGACAUGAUUAUGAAGCACAAGCGGGCCAUGCAGGACAUGCAGCUUAUGUGGGAGAAAGCAGUCCAGCAACACCAGCACGACUAUGAUAGUGACGAGGAGGUAGACAAUGAGCUGGGAACAUGGGAGCACCAACUGCGUCGCAUGGAGAUGGACAAGACAAGAGAAUGGGCGGAGCAGUUGACUAAAAUGGGCAGAGGAAAGCACUUCAUUGGUGAUUUCUUGCCCCCUGAUGAGCUGGAGAAGUUCAUGGAGACAUUCAAGGCAUUAAAGGAAGGCCGUGAGCCAGACUACUCAGAGUACAAAGAAUUCAAGUUGACUGUGGAGAACAUUGGUUACCAAAUGUUGGUGAAGAUGGGCUGGAAGGAAGGUGAAGGCCUUGGCUCAGAAGGUCAGGGGAUCAAAAACCCAGUUAACAAGGGUACAACGGCAGUGGAUGGAGCUGGAUUUGGCAUUGACCGGCCUGCUGAGCUCUCUAAAGAAGAUGAUGAGUAUGAAGCAUUCCGUAAAAGAAUGAUGUUGGCCUACAGAUUCCGACCUAAUCCGCUGAACAAUCCCAGAAGACCUUACUACUGAGUAUUUUCCCAAAAAAAAAAAAGUAUUUUCAGUACAAAUGUAAUUUUACUGUGAAAUGUUACAGAACUGCAUUAUUCCCAUCCCCAUACCCUGUCUUUUUUUCUUUGUUGCAAAUAUUGUAAAAUGUAUUAAAAGUCACAGUACUCUCCUUCACCCA